AAUAAAAGUUCGUCGAGGGGCCGCCUCCUUCAAAGACUGCAUUUGUCGACCGGAUGCGUCAUAUCGGCGCGACCAGGCUGAAUGAGGCCGACGAAUGCAGCUUUCUUUCUCCCUAAAACGAAGGAUACAAUACGUGCAUCCUUUGCAGUCCAAAUCAUUUCAAGACACACUGCUCUUUUUUUUUUUUACAAGACAAAAUGGUGAAAAAAGAAGAGGAGGCAUCCGACCAGGUGGCCACCGACAAGUAUGUCUUUAAAUGGAGUAAGGAGCUGACAGCUGAAUUUAUAAAGUUGAGGGGGGAAAGCGAACACCUGUUCACAGGGGCCAAAUUUUCAGCCUGUAUGGGUUGGAGGACAAUUCUUAAAAAAUUGGGCCUGCAGAAGAAUGUCACUCCUCUACAAGCAAAGAAAAAAUGGUUCAACCUAAAAAAAAAGUACAACGACUGCAAGUACCCAGAGGCAGGAGAGGGUGUCUCUGGGAAGCCCAACGCUGCCACUUGGCCCUGGUUUGUCCUCAUGGAUGAGGUGCUGAGGCAGAGACCUUCUACCACCCCCUCGGUGAUAAUAUCCUCAAUCCCUGAUGACACCCCAGGGCCAAGUACAGCAGUGAGCGACCAGGAGGAAGAUAACAAGGAUGACAUCCUGUGCUGCAGACCGGUGAGAAAGAGGGAGCGAGAGAAGGCUGAGCUUCUAGACCUGAUCAGAGAGGACAUGAAGCUGCAGAGGGAGAUGGAGGAGAGGAGGGCGCAGGCGAGCAGGGAGAGGUUGGACAGGCUGUUCUCUCUCCUGGAAAAGUUAAUUGAAAAAUAAAUAAAUGUAACUGUUCAAUAUUCAAGUAGAACAAAAUAAAGGCCAUUGUUGUUAUUGUUACAUAUUUUUGUUUAUUCUGUUCAGCAAAAUGUUCAUGUUACUUAUACGCUACAGAAUGUGUCAGUUCUUGUUGGCUGCUGUUUACACCAGCUGAGGGCCUGGUCGUGGUGGUGCCACUGGAGCUGGAUGGGCAGCCACCAUGCCAGAUGUAGUGGUCUCUGUCAGAGGGACAUUACAACAUCAUGUGUGCACAGUAACGACAUCUUGGAAAUCCUCAAGAUAACAUUCAGGAGUUUUCAAACAUUUUCUCACAGUGUCUUGGAGAGUACUUAUGACAAUCUUUGGGAGUCUCCAGAUAUACAACAACGAUAGUGAGGCCUUUUGAGACUUUCCACCUACCUUCCCUGAGUGUACAUCCUGACCCACCUGGCCUGACUUUGACUGUCUGGUUUGCUGGCUUUUGCUUCAAAAUAUCCCUGCAUUUAAAAAUAAAGGAGACUGAUUAUGUCCAGUGCCAAUGACCA